AGCUCAGAGCCAUAGUGGGACCAACACUCUCAGGUCGGUUUAAAGGGCUGUGGAGUUUUAAAGAGAACGUGCCUGCCCGUGUGUCUCUUCCCCCUCUCUCUGACACACGCUCUUCGAGAUGAACACUAUUCUCUCCUGCCAGGACCAGUGCUUUGUAGGAGACCAGCACUAUGAGUACUCUUCUUCACUGGCGACGUCAGCCAGUGUUGACAUUUCCAUGGAAACCUGGUACUCUCAGUGGCCGGGCGGUAUCCUGGACAACAGCAGAAGCAGCCAGAGAGAAACCCAGCCACAAGACUACUUCCUGGAAUAUGACACAAGUGUCCAAGAUGACUUCAUAUGGACAGGCCACCUAUCAUCUCAGCUCCAUAAAAAUAAACAGCUCCAGGACACACUUGAACAAAAGGAGGAAGAACUUGCUAGGCUCCAUGAGGAAAACAGCAAGCUGAGAGAAUACCUGAACUCCACUUACGUUAAAUCCUUGGAGGACAAGGCCAGGAAAUUAUUGAUUCAAAAUGGACAAAAGAAUGAUGGGAUUUCCAAAUGUAAGAAGCGCCUGUUUCAGAAGCAGGACGAGGCUGGAGAUUACUUUGCAGAGAAACCAGCAGCAGAGAGCCUCCCAAAGAGAGGACGAGGAAACCCAAUCUGUAAAAAUAAAAGUAGCUGCUAUAACGCCCAAGAUGAUCAUCAUAAUCCCUAUGUCGAAACCUGGGUGCUCAAGACUUUAGGAUUAAAAGAUGCCAACACUAUUGAUGACAGUUCUUCAGCUAACUACAGUGCCAUUAUUUCUGAGACGUUGGUUGAUUACAGCAGCGAUCAACAGAAGGUGACCGAGUACAACACGGACUAUGCAAUGCCAGCAGACUACAGCCAGGAUCCUGCAGCCGCAGGGAACUUCCUUGCCAGUCCCUGCCCACUGGAGACUUGCUGUACAAACGAGCUCUCUCCCCGCCCCCAUUAUUCAGCACCGCCUCGCCCGAUCCACGCACUUUACCACCCCACUGAACCGCCCUUUCAUGCAUGCAAGGCAGCCCCGAAUAAAACGGAUGUGGCCUUCUCCACCUCGCUCAAUCCCCACCGCAACGUGAAGACGCACACCUUCUGCCAAGGCCAGGCCUUUGUACAACGUGAUGGGGAGGGAGGUUGGCGGUUUACCUGGGUUCCCAGCCAGGCAGAUUGACCAAUUCAGCUGCCACUGCUACACAUUGUUUACAAAACACACAAGUUCCCUGCACUUGAAAUAGUCAUGAAGGAUAUCAACAGCUUUGCACAAAUUACCAACCAGUCUUGAAUUUGUCUUUGUUUUUAAAUCUGAGAACAUGACUAUCAACCUUACAAUUAGGAUAGUGCAUACUUUCCAUUGUUCUGAGUGAGAUUAGAGACACUAUCUUUAUUUCCUUCUUCUGAGAACAUUUUGUGAUUCAUUUGAGAUGACGAUAAAGGAAGCACUUAGCGUUUUAUAACAUUGUCAGCUCGUCUUCACACUGUGAGUUGCCACUGGAGUCCGAUGAGAGCAAAUGGAUGAGGGAGAUUCCAGACGCGUCAGUGUGGAUCAAUGACCAGUUGAACUGUCCUGUCUUAGAUAAUAUUUUUCAGAAGGUUGUCUAUUAACUGUUAGCCAGGAGAUUGAAGAGGAGAAGUUGGGAGUUCUCUCAAAUGAUGACCCUUGACCCUUGACCUGAAAGGGCAGAUGUGACCAUAGUUCAAGGCCAUUCAAGUAACUGAAGUAUCAGAGCAUUUCCUUCAAGGGAACCAAUACCUCAAAGAUUGUGUGGGUUGGAAUUAUUUGUUGGAUGAUGUUAUGGUCAAGCUUGCCUCAGUUGUUUGUGUUCCACUUUAUCUGUUCAUGCAAAACAGAACGCAGGUAUCAAAUGUUUGCCUCUGUUGGUACAAAUACCGACAAAGUGCAGUCUGAGCUGCCUCUGAGUGAUAAACUAUUACUGUCUAACCUAUGUUACUUUUCUCAGCAGAGUCCAGUGAUCAAUAAGGCAGAAAAAUCUUAACGAGAAAGUAUUGAGCAUCAUUGAAAACUAAGGGAUGAAAAUUGCUUGAAGUUACUCUGAUCACAGUCAUCAGUGAUUGUUAAAAUUUAGAUCUAUAUUCUGAAACAAGUGCAACAGUUUUCAACAAUGGUAAUCUUUCCAAAAAUUAAUAGUGACAAUUUUGAUUGAGAUCUUUUAUUUUUAAAGCUGAUUUGGACCCUAACACAGAUAGUUGCUAUUCUGGAAGCUGUGUGACUGGUGACAAUGUAUUGUGUUGUAUUACAUAGAAUUUGGGGCACUCAUUCAGGCCAUUUAGCCCAACAGGUUCAUACUGUACAUUAGCCUCAUCAGCAUUUCAUCCCAUCAACACAUCUAGAACAAGUAGUCACUGUUUCAAAAGAAGUAGAUGUCCAUUUAAAAGAGAGAUGAAGAGUCUUUUUUUCUCACAGUGUCAUGAGUCUUUUGAACUCACAAGUCAGUGCAACGAGAGUCCUUGAAUACUUUUAAAGCUGAGGUAGAUAGAUCUUUGUUAUGCAAGGGAGUGAAAGGUGUGAAUGUGAUGUAAUCAGAUCAGCCAUGGUUUUAUUAAAUUGUGGAACAGCUUCAAGAAGGCAAGUGGCCUCUUACUGCUCCUAAUUUAUCUGC